GCGAAGCACAACUUCUUGGAAAGAAAUCAGCCACAGAAGAAGACGCUUAUCACCUCCUGCAAGAUCUUCAUCAUGAGGCAGUCACUCGUGUCCAUCGUCUUUGUUGGGUCACUCUUAUUUGAGUGUUAUGCGGCAUCCGUGUCAUUACCCAUGGUCAAGACCGAAGACGGCUCCUUGGAGCAGGACGCUUUUACAUCCCUGCUGGGCGACGAGGCGACAGAAAACAACCCCGAAGACGCAGACCUGAGCGCCGUUCCCAAAAACAGAGGGUCGAGGUUAAUUGUCAUCGCUGCCGAUCCCAGCAUCUGGAGGGACCUGCGAGUGCUGCACAAAGGAGUGUCCCUCUACAAGAAGAGAGCCGACGACAACAGCCAGGUCAUCGAGCACAAAGAUGUUGGACAGGGCCUGAGCAUCCCCAUCCUGAGGCGAGACAACAUGAGGUGCAUGGUGGGACGGGUUUACCGGCCUUGCUGGGAGGUGUAAGACAGUUCGCUCCGAUCCUCCGAUCCUGAAGGCGCCCAGAGAGAAGACGACCGGCAAAUUGUUUCCUGUCUCACAUGAGUUGUAACAUAAUCCAGAAAUCUGUGUAUCUAUAUUUAAAUUUCUGCAGAUCUGAGAAUAAAAGUCAUUUAAUUCUGCCCUAA